AAUCGCGUUCCCGGGAUCCGCGCACCGUAUAGAGUUACCGUACAGGCCACGCCCCCUUUCCCGCGCGUCUGGCCACGCCCCCCUGUCUGGCUGACUCUCAGAGCAGGAGGAAGGCUCGUCUCCACACACACGCACGCGCUUACGCACGCACACACACACACACACACACACACAGGGCUCACACACGCGCUUAGAGUCGAGAGGAGAGCAGAAGAUGGCUGACCGUACCGGGCAGCGCGCGCUCGCGGCAGCAGCAGCAUCCCCGCGGCUCCGCGCACGUGCGCCUUUCGCCCUCGCGCAACUCUGAAACGCGUCUCGCGCUCGAAAGGGGCGGGGAGGGGAGCUUUCUUAUUUUUCCAGUCGGAGAAUAAAGGAGGAGGAAUUAAGACGCAGCAGCAGCCGCCCCCCGCGCGCGCGCCAUGGCUGAGAUGGAGAAGGAGGGAAGACCCCCAGAAAGCAAGCGGAGCCGGAAACCCGCGCACCCCGUCAAGAGGGAGAUCAAUGCCGAGAUGAAGGUCCCAGCUGAGAUGCCCCUCCCAGGGGUGGGGCAGAGGGGCGGUCUCCAUGGCAACCUGCCUGAUGUAAUGAGUUUUGCUGAGAACACGAUGAAUGAGCUGCUGGGCUGGUACGGCUACGACAAGGUGGAGCUACGAGACUCGGACGACCUUGAUAUACGCAACUAUCCUGACGGAGAAAUCCGACAGCACAUCUCUGUGCUGAAAGAAAACUCUAUGCCAAAAGCGUGCAUGUCCGAAAACAGCACUUCCCCUCCUCACGCGAACAGCUCCAGCUCCACGCCCACACCGCGGAAUGGAGUUGCCGCGGAAACGGCGGCUAACCCCUCCUCCUCAGUUGCCAAGGAGCAAGGCGGCAUGCCAAUCAUAGUGCCCCUGAUACCACCCCCUCUCAUCAAACCACCAGCAGAGGAGGAUCUGUCUAACGUUCAGAUCAUGUGUGCUUGGUGUCAGAAGGUCGGGGUGAAGCGCUAUUCUCUCAGCAUGGGCUCGGAGCUGAAGAGCUUCUGCAGCGAGAAGUGUUUUGCAGCGUGCCGCCGCGCCUACUUCAAACGGAACAAGCUGGGAUAUGUAAGGAAUUGCAAUGCCAGAGAGGAGGAGGCCUCCACGCAGCACAACUUGUCCAAAGACACGCCCAGACUUGUCCUCAAGACAAACAGCGAUGCGCUUGUGUGUGACUGGUGCAAGCACAUUCGCCACACUAAGGAGUACCUAGACUUUGGGUCAGGUGAGAGACGUCUGCAGUUUUGCAGUGCAAAGUGUCUGAACCAGUACAAGAUGGACAUCUUCUACAAAGAGACUCAGGCAGCCCUGCCAGCUGCUCUGUGUAACCCUGUUCAUCAAGCUGGGGAGGGUAAGUCAGAGGGAAGCCCUGGGGUGCAGCUCCUUACCCCUGAGUCUUGGAGCGCUCCUCUGAGUGAACUACGGGCUCGCAAACCUCCCUCACCAGGGGGCGCCACGUCAGGAGCCGGUCACUCUGGGUCAGCGUCGGGAUCACCCUCCGAGCACGGAACCGCGUGUUCAUCUUCUUCAUCUUCUUCGUCCGCGAAAAUCCCCACGCCGAGGCCUCAUGGAAGUCCGACGUUACCACAUCCCCCUCCACCACCCCCUGGACCUGGACUCCACCCACCACUUGGGAUGCCACCCGGCAGUCCUCCCAUGGUGAUGACGCCUCGUGGUCCAAUGCCGCUCCCCCUCUUUAUGGAGCACCAAAUGAUGCAGCAAAUGCGCCCUCCAUUCCUUCGGCCUCCCGGACCCAACAGCCCGCUCUCUAAUCCCAUGAUACCUGGCAUCGGCCCACCCCCUCCUCCUCCCAGGACCUUGGGCCCACCGUCAAGCCCUAUGCACCGACCCCUUCUCUCACCCCAUGUUCAUCCUUCCUCCACGCCUACAAUGCCAGGUAACCCACCUGGAAUGAUGCCUCCUCAUCCGGGUGCCCACAUUCCCGGACUGCCCUUCCCUCCAGUUAACAUCAUGCCAGCUGGGCCCAUUCCAAUGCCACCUAUGAUGAACUUUGGCAUGCCAUCGCUUGCUCCCCUGGUGCCCCCUCCAAUGCUCUUAGUGCCGUAUCCUGUAAUCGUGCCCUUACCGGUGCCAAUACCCAUCCCUAUUCCCAUCCCUGUCGGCCCAAAGGCAUCAGGUGAUCGACCAGGGAAUGACGGGACACUUCCGGAAGUUUCCGGUGAUCACAGCUCCUCGCAGGACUUGCCUUUCUCCCCUGAUUUGCCCAGAGGAACAGAAAGCCGAAUUCAUAAGCAGGGUCCCUCAAGCUCGUCCAUGCUUUCACCAGGAGUGUCCAGUCAGACAGAACGGGGCCGGACAAGCAUGAUGGAUCUCAACGUUAAAACAGAAAGCCCUGGAAGUGGAAGUUCCACUUUAUCAAAUUCAGGAUCGCCUACAGACACACCAGCAAAUGGAAUCAUUGAUUUAACGACAAAUCGUCGCUCAAGGCAGCAGCAGGUCAUCCAGCGGGCAGUGCCAUGCGUGCAAGUGAAGCCUGAGCCUGACUUGACUCCACUCACAGGGCAUGCUGUGCCACAGUUGAGUGAAUGUGAAGCGAAUGAAAGAGACUCUGUUAGCACGGGGCCAGUAGAGGACUUGCACAGAGACAAAGACAGCAAGCCUAAUAGCCCACUGGACAAUGUGUUGCUGCCGUGUGCUGACCCUUCCUUCUGCAGUGCCACGCCUCCACUCUCUCAACCAGUUACAUGCACCCUUUCUACUCAGACAGCCAGCAUCUUCACAACAAAAACAGAGCUAGGAACCGCCACACCUUGUAACGUUAUUGUCAACGGGGGCUCUGGUUUGCAGCCACUGGAGCCCACAGUCCGAAGCCCUCCUCUGGAACAGCGUCCCCUUGUGGAACCAUGCCGCCGGGCAACCACAGUCUGCAACGAGCCAGCAGAAGGAGAGGACCUGAAGGAAAACAGUUGUAUGUCUAUUGAGAGGGACACAGCAGGUAAGAGAGCAUUAUCUGAGCAGACCAAUGCUCCUGGAGUCACAGGAGAUGAGAAGUCCCAAGAGGCGGAGGACGCAGCGUCCGGAGCAGACCACGCCUACGCUCUGCCGCUUAUGCCCAAACCAGGCUGCGUCAUUCAGCCUGUGCCCAAACCAGCAGAGAAGACGGCAGGCAUCCUGCCAUGUGGCCUGACUGCACCUCUAGCAGCAGCGGGAGCAGCGGAGCUGGAGCCCCCGCUGAAGAGGAGGUGCCUGCGCAUUCGCAAUCAGAACAAGUGAAGAGUGAGAAAGUUUUCAGAUGCGUACAUCUCACCAAAGGGACAAGCAGCACAGCACUGCAGCAGAUACCAUUAGUCCUUCCACAUCCACCCACAUCCACAUAUGAUUACCCACCCACCUGUGCAUCAUCUAAACGUGCUCUGUACUCACAAACACACAACACGUCCCGUCAAACAAAUUUUCACCACCUCACAAGGUGACCACACAGUGACCCCCUCUGAAUAAAUCUCUCUGAGCAACAGAGUAUGGGUCUUAAUGGCUGUUGAACUUAAACCCUAUUCUGGCUCUUCACUGGUUGUGGAGGUCCCCGAUUCUUUCCCCUCAUCCUGGAAUGUAUCGUCACAUCUGUGCUGAGGUGUCUCCCCGUACAGGACUGGUGAAGCUCUGCGGUGCUGAGGACUGCAAUGUACAUAAAUAGAUGCAAAAGGGCCAAAACGUGGGUAUCAUGCAAUCAUGAAGAGGUUCGCUUUGCUUGCCAAUCAGAAAAUGUGCCCACGAAUGACUGACAGGACCUGCUCCUGUGCAAGCCCCCGGGGGGCGGGCCUUAAACAUGUUGCCCAAUCAAAAAAUAAAAAUAAAUAAAUAACAUAAAGCACUGUGGCCUGCCUCGCAGAUGAGCCCCUUAAUGAUUAAAAGAGACAAGUUUUUUUUUUGUUUGGUCAGAAUUCAGACAGGUCUGGUUAGGAUAGUAUGAGUUGUGAGAGAGAGCUGUCUUCUCAGGCAGAACCGAACCGAAGAUCCACACCGCGCCGAGAAAGUAAUGAGGAAAAGUCACUCUGGUCAAGUCUGGUCAGUUUUUUUUUUGCUCUUUCUCUGGUUUCCAUUCCUCCUAUUAUAGUUUGUUUCUUUCUCUUCCUUUCUUUGGCACCACCAGCAAAAUAUACAGUAAGCCUUCUUUAAGCCCUUUUUCAGACAUGGCCACCGAAACUACAGGAAGAUAGGAUAAAGACUAGGGAAGCCGACUUUCUACAAGAACACCAUGGACAUUACAGAGAAGGCAAAAAAAAAGAAAGAAGAAAGGUUGGGAUACUAAAGGAAAACGAUAUUUAUGGACUGUUUGCUGCCACCCCUGCAAUUGGUGUUGGUGGUGCCAGCAUGGACGGAUGUGCAAUGGAAAAUCCACUCCCUCUAAAUGACUCAAGGACGACAGGGUAGAGACACAGAAGCAACUUUCACAAGGACUGUCAAAAUGGUCAACCUCUCUGACGCUAUUGGUUAGGAGAAACUCCCAAUCCUUCUACCAACAUAAACCCACAAAUGCAAUUAAUCACUACAGUUUCCCAUUGUACGCAUGCAGAGAUAUUUCUUACACUUUGUACACCAUCAAAAAGGUUUUGACUUCAUUGGUUGCAUUACAUGACAUUCCUUAUGUCCAGCAAACCAAGAAUGAAUUAAUGACAUUCUCUCUAACUUCUGAUAGUCAUUCAGUCCAGUUAGUCUCUUAAUUAACCUGAAAUUUUAUCAUCUGUUAGAUAAGCCAGUUCUAAAACUUGCCUUUUCCUUUACUUUAUUGACAUGUAUUCACAUCUAACCCAGAUCUAAUACUUCUGAAGUGGAUCAAUACUUUUGAUGAUCUAGAUCAAGUGGGAUCAAUGAGGCUUGGAAAUGAAUCUCUUCAAGAAGUUUGAUUUUUCAGGAGUGUGGUUGGUUACUGCAGCUUUCGUUUCUUCAGCACAGCUGUCAUUAAUUUAAACAAUUCUAACAUAUUUUAUUUGCCAACUUGAUCAUAUUUUUGCUAGCUGAACACGUCAUGGUGCUAAAAACAGUGGCCCUGCCAUCGCUUACAGAGUUUGCCAAAGGAGAAAUAGAACAGAUAGAACAGAUCUGUAAUGGUUUGGACAUGCUCUUGUUUGCAGAAACGACUGCAUCUGUAUGGAAAAAAUGCAGUUUGAUCACAAUCAACUGUUUAGACUUCAAGAAAAAGAUCAGAUACCUUCUCAGAUCAGAUCUGACGUCUUGUCUAAACGUCUUAACGAAGCCUGAGCCAGGAGCUCUAUGAAUGCCAGGAGCUUGUCACUGAAAGAGCACUUCUCUGAGCUUGAAGGAAGCUGAGCAGCCUAAACAACAUGACAAACUCACAGUAUAGCAAAACUGAGGAACAAACCAGCAGUGUUAAGAAUUAAACACACAACAUAUCAGUCUGUAGCUCGCUCUGGAGUCGAGAACUCGUGGGAGUGUAACUCGAAGCCUGAGAGGGAACAUGAGCGCGUCUUGCCAAAACAACCUGAAGCAUUCUGGAUCGUUCCGUUUUCCUCAAUUCAUUAGGAAAGAAAAACAUGGGUGUCAAAAAAGGGUACACAGAAAGGUGCGAGAACCUGCUGGGGAAAUCGUAAAACUUGUUUGAGUGUCAAAAAACGACAGGGUGGUCCCCUAACGGCCGUUUCCUCUAGCCGGUCGGCCAGACUUUCCGUCCCCUGUGUUGAAAAGUGACCGUCUCAGAUUCGUCCAAGAGCUUGAUUUCCUGAAAACUGAAAACAGCUCGGUGUUCUUCUUCCAGAUGGCUUUUUUCCCCUCCUCUCUUUUUUGCUACUCUGUAUAUUCUCCUCCGAUUUCCAUGUUUGGUUCAGUGUGUCUCUCUGUUGCAAAAUGAAACCUACCUUUUAAAAAAGAAAAUCUGUUUUUGACACCAUAAAUAGUGGGGAAACCUUAACUUUCCCAGUCCCCAAUAUGAUCUAAAGAAUGUAUACUGCCUGUCAGAUGGUUUGGGAAAUGUGUAACAAAGCUACUUUUUAAAUUACAUAAAAAUGUCUCCAAUGAAAAUUCAGGGUUAGUUUGCAACAAAUAGAUGUGUCUUAUUUAGUAGAAAGACUACAUUUUCUUUUCUAAACUUUUGGUAAAACUAGUAGUAACCAUUGACUAUUAGAAAUUUAAGUAUUAAGAUUGUGUCUUCACAACAGUACUGGUGCCCAUGACCAUUUUGAAUUGUCCUAGAUUAAACUCGUCAAAGUUUAGAAAAAUGAUACUUUGAUUGUUACCAUAAUUUUAGAAUUAGUUUAGCUGGGAAUGUUAUAUGAGAAACUUUCUAAUAACAUUCUGAUAAAAUCCAUCAUUAUGUCACAUUUUCAGAAGGUUUCUGAAACAUUAGCUAAAAGUUCUUAUAACGUUCUCUGUUAGCUGGGUGGUCUGGCCUUCAAGCUCAAAGCAGAAGCCCCUGAACUAGAGCCUCAAGUUCUCAAAGUUCUCCUCUUUCUUGAACAGUCUCCUCCCACCAUAUCAUAUACUGAAGGUAUGGUUCAAACUCAAAAUUGACAGUACUUUCCCUGAAGUACCUUCAGUUUAAAUAGAGCAAGGAUAAUGGCAUGUGUUGUUGGAACUCGUUGGGUCUUAACUGUUGACCCUGAGGGUUCCCCACUGAUAAAAGGUGUUUUAAACAUCUGAGAAAAUGGUGCUAAUAUCACAAUCAGUGGAAACAAUGCAUGGUCUGUGGCAUAAUUCCCAAAGUAGGGCUUUUGGCAGGUGUUCAUUCUUCUAGCAAGUUUUAAACAGUCAGAUCUGAACAGCUUUCUGUUUAUCAAGUUUUAAACACUUUCAAACCAGCAAAGAAAACAUGCUCAUUUCUAUUAAAAGCAUAUUGAAAAAGCAAGUUUACCAUUUCCCAAACAUUUGACAGGCAGCGUAGUAUCACUUUCAGGCCGGCCUGAACCACGGUCAGCUUGUAUUCCUCGUUCACAUUCAUUCUGACGGAUUUGACAGAGCCUGCUGACCUGCUGUCUAGCCAAAAAGGGGACCUGCUGAGAAUGUGACCGCCAAGAGAAACACACACACACACACACACACAGUCUCUUAUACAGCCUCCACAAUCUCACGCUUCAUCUAUAUGCAUAUACAGCUCUGAAAAAAAUACCACCUAAAAUUAAAGAGUUUAUUUGGUUUUACCAAAUUGAAAACCUCUGGAAUAUAAUCAGAGAUGGAUGAUCACAAGCCAUCAAACCAAACUGAACUGCUUGAAUUUUUGCACUAGGAGUAAAGGCAUAAAGUUAUCUAAAAGCAGUGUACAAGACUGGUGGAGGAGAACAUGCCAAGAUGCAUGAAAACUGUGAUUAAAAACAAGGGUUACUCCACCAAAUAUUGAAGAACUCUUAAAACGUUUUGAAUAUUUUUCAUUUCUUUGCAAAUAAAUGUUCUAAGUGACAAUAUUUUAAUUGGAAUUUGGGAGAAAUGUUGUUUGUAGUUUAUAGAAUAAAACAACAUUGUUGUUUUAUUCUAUAAACUACAAACAAUAUUUCUACAACAAAAUGUUUCUACAACAAAAAUAUACCUAUAAAUAGCAAAAUCAGAGAAACUGAUUCACAAACUCUUUAGUGUUCUCUUCAUUUUUGCCAGAACUGUAUGUACACCCUCCAAAGUUUUAAUAUUUAAUAUUUAGAUUAUAUUGUGUAUCUAAAUUAUGUUUUCCUUCUGAAUUGAACUUUGCUACUUCUGAAAUUGUGUGGGCAUUUAUCUUUCUCAGUCCACCAUAUAACAUGUGUACUGGGGAUACAUCAUAAAAGGCAUUACCACCCACAGUGGACAGUGCAGUAAUGUGGUAAUGAUCGUGACUGGUGGCAUCUGCAUUUUUCUCCCCAAUUUAGCUAGGCCAAUUGUCCCAACCAUUCAGCUGCUACUCAGCUGUAUAUCCCCAUCACUAGUGAUGCCACAAUGCCAGGACGGUAAAGACUAGCACAUGCUUCCUCUGAUACAUGUGAAGUCAGACUCCGCCUCUUUUUGAACUGCUGCUGAUACAUCAUUGCCGAGUAGCAUCACAGCAUGCUCGGAGGAAAGCGCAGCGACUCUCAGUUCUAAUACAUCAGCUCACAGCAACGCCUCCUGCUGUGCGACAUCACCCUAGGAGUGAUGAGGGGAAAGAGCGCCAUCUAACCACCCAGAGAGAGCAAAGCAAAGUGUGCUCUCUCAGGGCUCUGGCAGCUGAUGGUGAGCUGCAUGGCCAGGAUUCGAAUCAGUUAGCACCAAAGCCAAAGUUUUCUGACAGCAGCAAAUACGCAAACAUGCAACGGAAGUUCAGAGAGUCUCCCACAUUUUAAUGGUGAGAAAGAGAGCCAACACAAGAUUGGAACACACAUGUAGAAAGUGAGUGGCAAAUAGAGCAUCCUGAUUGGCCUCUUUUCUCCAUGCUUAGUAGAAUAAUGAGGUUUCUGUGUGGGUGGGGUUUUGUAGUUUGGUUUGAUCCAAAGCGAAUAUAAGGAGAGAGAGAGAGAGAGAGAAAAAAAAUAGAGAGAGACAGAAAAUAUAAAACACUUUUCACCCCAAAUCACACUACAGUUUAUUUCUGAUUUAUAGGGGUAGAAUUGGCUAAACUGCCCCUAUGAUUUCCAGUAGCACUGCUCCGUUCGGUCUAUUUUUAUUCUAUUUUAAUGCAGAGUACAGGCAGGAGGCUCUGUCUGUAUCUGUAUCUAUCCGUAUCCGUAUCCGUAUUUACCAUUGAGCAUAAAUGGUCCUUAAGUGUGUUCCGAGUUGAUGGCUUUUUCGUGUUUGUUGACGGACAGCGACUCAUCAGUCAUGUGCUUCAGACACAGCAAAUAGAGAUUAAGUUGAAGCAUUUUUUUUUUGUUAUCAGCAGCCCGAUCCGAUCACUCAGUCAGCCCUCAAUUUCUCCCUCCUGGUGACUCCGACCCACCCAAACACUUCAGCUCCUCUCAGAUAACACUGAGGGCUCUGAGAACCUGAAAUGUCAUUUUUUAUGACCCACUGUGUGUGUAUGUGUGUGUGUGUGUGUGUGUAUGUGUGUAUGCGUGACCUUGCUAUUGUAACUGGAGUUGAGCAGACUGGGCCGGACAGAUAUAGCACUGAAACUGAACACUGUUGUAGUGUCUGCGGUUCCAUACAGACAAGACAAUGACACCAGCAAAAAAAAUGUGUGUGAGUGUGUGUGUGUGUGCGCGUGCGUUUCGUGGCCUGCGACGCCGUCCUUGAUAGUACAGUACAGUAACCAAAAGCCGCUACCAUUCACCUGCAUGAAGGACUCACUUACUCACGUGUGCUUAAAGGGAAAUUCCACUGGUUUUCCAAAAUGUCACAAUUUAGAUGUGAACAGUCACUCAGAGUGUGGGUUAACUGUGGAAUUGAGAUUUAUUGUUGAGAAAAAUACCAGCUACUGUGGUGGUGGUGGUGAUGGGAACUAGGCUGCCACAUGACUACAACACAAAUAUAUUUUAAGACAUUUUAUUUAAACACAAAGGGGUACACUUGCCAAAAUAUAAGAAAAAAAUUGCUAACACAUUAUAAUACAGUCCGUUUACGUGCUUGUAACUUUUAAAGAAAUGAGGACAGCCAGGAACAAAAGAAUUUACAACUUUCUGACAUUUACCAUGUAAUUUCCCAAAGCGUAUGGUAUAAUCCCUGUAUGAACAACCAGUACAUAUAAAAUCCCUGCAGGCACAGAACAGUAUUAGAUUAUUAGUAGAUUAUCCUGAGGUAAAUUUUUGGUCAUCUGACAUCAUGACCACCAUUCAACCUCAAAUUAACGUCUACUUAUGUUAGUGGCCAGCUGGGAAUGCUUAUAACAGGUCGUACUGGUUCUUAAAUUCAUGUGCAACACAAAAAAGAAAAAGUACAACCAGGUACAUGAGAGUAAAAUUUUGGUAACUCUGACAUUGCCAUGCAAUUUCCCAACAAAAUUAAAUAUCAUUGAAAAGUUACUAUAUUUCAGUAAUUCAGUUCAACUCAUAUUUUUUUACAGAUGCAUUACACACAGAGUGAUCUAUUUUAAGUGGUUUUUUAAUUAUUUUAUUGUUGAUAAAAAAAUGGAAUAUUAUAUAAGACCAAUUCGGCAAGACUGACUUUGGACUUGAUAAUAAAACACAGUGGAUCAACACCAGCAGAUGACAUGUCUCUCCAAAAUAUCACUGAUUGUAGAAACUUCACACUAGACCUCAAGCAGUUUGGACUGUGCGUCUCUCCACUCUUCCUCCAGACUCUGAUUCCUUGAUUUCCAAAUGAAAUGUAAAAUUUACUGAUGAUCAGUGAUGGUUUGGAGAGACAUGUCUGUCAUCUGCUGGUGUUGAUCCACUGUGUUUUAUUAUCAAGUCUAAAGUCAGUGCAGUGUUUUGUCUCCCAGAAAAUCUUACAGCAGCACUUAAUGCUUCCCUCUGCUGACAACUUUUAUGGAGAUGCGGAUUUUAUUUUCUAUAAACUUUUGCAUGGUACUGUAUAUGUUUGCAUAAAUGCUGUAAAAAAGGAGAAGGAAAAAAAAUGAUGGAUAAAACAAAUAAGAAAUUUGCAGGAAAACAGUGCUGAGCUACAGAAUAUGAUUUUAUGGGUAAAUUAAGGGUGAAUGUCACAUAAUAUCAAAUCUUCUUCAGCAUUAUAAUAGAAUUGAUUAGAAUCGUAGGAUUUAAUUAAUGGCAAGAAAAAACUGUCACAGUCACCCUUUAUUGACCCUAUAUAAUAAUCUCAAACAUUGCAAUUAACAUUUAUAUAUGUUUUAAGCCAGAAUACCCUUUCUAUUGUCCUGAUAAUCCGUCCCAAAAGUGUGACAACACCAGAUUACAAAAUGUUUGUGGCCAACAUUUCUCUGUUUGUUCACAAGGGGCCGAAAAACUGAUGCUUUUUUUUUUUAGGAAUUACAGUGGCUGACUGCAGGCCACAGGCUUAAGCAAAUUACUUUACUCCAAAUGUGUUUAAAAGCCAAAAGCAUGUCAUGCGUUCUUGCUGCCAACACGCCAAACCACUUAUUUUUCCUUUUGUUUUAUUUUGUAGCAGUCUAUUCAAAAAAGAAAGAGAGAGAGAGAGAGCGAAAGAGAGAGAGAGAGAUGGCAGGGCAUAUGCUCUACAUACAGCAACACACACACACACAGACGCAGUCGCACAGACACACAUAUAAUACUGAUAUGUGCCACCAAAAACCAUCACAAUUCAACUGGAUAAAGAGAUCAUGUAUGCAAGUCUGCUUAAAGAGGAAUUCCACCAUUUUUUUCCAAAAGUCAGUGUUAUUCAGUGGCUCUAGUGUAAAAUCAUUCAGGUUGAGUGAGUGUGAAAAUGUGGUUUAUUAUAGAAAAGCUUGCAGAAAAAAUACAGUGGUGGUGAUUAGUAGAGAGGCACUGAAAUAGACAUUUUGGCCAAAACUGAAAUUAAACAGGAAUGAACAGUAAAAAUCAAACAGGUUGCAGGUUUUCAUUAUUUUGGCACUGUUUAGAUUACUACAUAAAUUAAAUAGCCUAAUCUAUAAGGAGAAAGCAAUUAUAAAACUAUCAUUUAAAAUAUUUAUUAAGCACUGAACAUUUAAAAGUCACAGCAGACAAGCCAAAAAGCACAAUAUCAUUUAGUAUAGAUUAUUCAAUGUUUUCACUUUCAAUUCUACAAGUUUUAGUUUUUUUAGUUAAAUAAUUACGGUUAGCGAUGAUGGGAACUAGACCUCUGUCCCCAAACAGACAUACAGUCAUUUUAUUUACUAUUCAAACUCAUUAGUGAACAUACACAUGUCUGUUGAGCUUCACGUGUAAUAUUAUUGAUGGAAAAAUAGUGAAAAAUAGUGAAAAAACUAAAAAACAAAAAUAGUUGAACACCAUGUGCCCUACCUUUCUCAUUAUUACUGUAUCUUACAUCCACCCACCAUCUAUUUUAACGCCUUGCGGCUGCAUCUUUUAAAUAGCAACGGUGCUUGUGAAUAUAUUGACGCCAAUAGUAGUGACAGCCUCGAAAUGAGGUGUGUUCAGGUAAAUUUUAGGUACUGAAAGGAUAUAUUAUAAAGAAUUAUAUAUUGCUACAUGCCUUUUGUGCAUUUCAAGGCACACAUUGCAUACUUUUCCCGCCAUUACAACAGCAAAGACACACUGACAUGCCUUAAAUCAUGGUGUGUGUGGUGCACAGUUGAUGGCUUGCCAUUUUUUGUGCAUGUGUUUAAAUUUGCAUUUAAAUAUCCAUUUGAACAAUCUAAAAAGUAAGUAAUCAUAAUAUGAUUUUUGCCUAAGAACUCCAGUCAAACUAGAAUUUUCUUUUUUAUUGGAUUUAAUUUAUUGCAAAUUAUGAAUUUUUAAGACGUCUCCUUCCAUUCACCUCCACUGUACACUGUUUCUGAAAAAGUGCAUUUCACACCAAACUCAUUCCAAACCUCUAAAUAAUGCAGAAUUUGGAAAAAAAAAAAUCUGUGGAAUUGCUCCUACAUGUGAUUCCGUGCACUGAAUAAAGAAAACCAUGCAUGUUAAUGAGGCAAGAUGAUGAACUGGACUGCAGUGUAUUGAUUAAUCAGGCCUGGGCGUUGGUUAGGCCACAUUUCAUGCGGUCAGUCUGCGCAGGGCAGCUACGAAUUCCCAACACACUCGAUUAUGCAAAGACUGAUUCUUACUUCACUGCACUCUGCACGAGACGGACGCUUGUGGGAGAGGGGGAUUCAUCGAAAGGGAAAAGAAUAAAAAAAAAACUGCAAUUUCUAACAUUUUAAAUGUUGAAACUUUUCAAAGGUGAAAAGCUGCCUUAACUCUUGCUCGUGUGCUCCAGCGCCUGCUGUAAACAAAACUACACACUUUGUAAAAAACAAAACAGACAAAAAUUGUCAAAAAAAAAAACAAACAACAAAAACGAAAAGACAAUGCUAGUGUUGAUGUAUAUAUGCUUUUCUGUGAUUGUAUGAUCCUUGGUAUUUUGCUUCAUCCACCUACUUUCACUUAACCCCUCCCACUCCACCCCUCAACCCCUAUCCCCUCCUGAACACAAUCACACACACACACACCCCUGUAAAUCUGCCCCUAUUGUGAUUUCUCUGUACUUGCAGAACAUUUUAUAGUAUUAUUUAUUAAUGACAAGUGUUUGCAUUUGCAAAUAUUAAAGAAAGUGGCUCUUUGAACAGGGUAGCCCGCUCACUGAAGAGGAGGCGUAAAUGCCUACAUCUAUUUCUUUUCUUUUCUAAAUUAAGGAAGGAAACAGCGAGAAAUAAAAAAAAAAAAAACAAUAAACUUGUCUUUUUAUUAUGAAAUUGUUAUAAAACUUGUUGCCAAGAUUGCUUUAAAAAUGUACCAUUUUUUGUCUUGUAACAGUAUUUGUUUUACUCAGUGAACUGAAUAAAUAGAGGCACACACCAA